AUGUCUCAGAUGAUCCAGGGAUAUGCACCUCUUCGACUCUUACUCAUUGGAAGUCCUGGCUCGGGGAAGGGAACACAGUCCGUAAGAAUUCAAAACAACUUUGAGGUCGACUGUAUUUCCAGUGGCGAUCUCUUACGUAAGAACAUUGCUCAAGGAACCGAGAUUGGUAAGCGUGCUGCUAAGGAGAUGAAGAACGGCGCAUUUGUCUCGGAUGAGGUCAUGGUUCAGUUGAUCGACACGGAACUCAACAAGAUCGGACCUCACCAGAGCUGGCUUCUUGAUGGGUUCCCUCGCACAAUGACUCAGGCCAAGGCCCUGGAUGAGACUCUUGAGGAAGGCGACCAACCCUUAAAUCUUGUCAUUCAUCUCGAUGUCCCUGAAGAAGUCAUCCUGCAACGCAUUAUGGAUCGUUGGGUCCACAUCCCUUCCGGCAGAGUCUACAACAUGACUUACAACCCACCCAAGCAACCUGGCAUUGACGACAUUACUGGCGAACGCUUGGAACGCCGGCCCGACGAUAAUCCUGAAACAUUCAAGAUCCGUCUACAGAAGCAUCACGAGCUUACAGAACCAUUGCUGGACUAUUAUAAACAACGCAACAUCCUUGUUAGUCUCGCUGGGAAGACCUCGGACGAAAUAUACCCCCAGAUCCGUGAGCUCUUGCAGGCCCGCUUUAAGCCUGAAGAUGCUCCCAUCGAGGCAGAGGCACAACUUUAA